UUGCUCAGGCUUGCUUUAAACAGGCUUUUUUUAUUUCCCUAGCAAUUGAUGAGUACAAGCCCCUGGAUGCCACCACAAACCCAUCUCUGAUUCUGGCUGCUGCUCAGAUGCCAGCUUACCAGAAACUCGUGGAUGAUGCUGUUGCCUAUGGGAAGAAACUUGGUGGGUCAGAAGAGGAGCAGAUCAAAAAUGCUUCUGACAAACUUUUUGUAUUAUUUGGAGCUGAAAUACUGAAGAGGAUACCUGGCCGUGUGUCCACAGAAGUAGAUGCAAGGUUGUCCUUUGAUAAGGAAGGAAUGAUUCAAAGGGCCAGGCGCCUCAUUGACCUUUAUAAGGAAGCAGGAAUUGGUAAAGAUCGUAUUCUCAUAAAGCUCUCUUCAACAUGGGAAGGGAUCCAGGCUGGCAAGGUGCUGGAAGCAGAGUAUGGGAUUCACUGCAACAUGACCUUGCUGUUCUCCUUUGCACAGGCCGUUGCCUGUGCUGAAGCUGGAGUUACUCUGAUUUCCCCAUUCGUAGGACGUAUCCUAGAUUGGUAUAUUGCAAAUGGAGAUAAGAAAGCCUAUGAGCCUUCAGAGGAUCCAGGAGUGAAGAGUGUCACCAAGAUCUACAACUACUACAAAAAGUUUGGCUACAAAACUAUUGUGAUGGGUGCUUCGUUCCGAAAUACGGGAGAAAUAAGAGCGCUUACAGGCUGUGACUAUCUCACUAUUUCACCCAAGCUUCUGGCUGAGCUCAGCAAAGAGUACACCAAGUUAACUCCCACACUCACUGUGAAAGAGGCUCAGGCAUGUGAUCUUGAGAAGAUCCACCUGGAUGAGAAGGCAUUCCGCUGGCACCAUAACGAAGACCAAAUGGCUGUGGAGAAAUUAUCCGAUGGGAUCAGAAAAUUUGCUGCAGAUGCGAUUAAACUGGAGAGGAUGUUAAAGGAGCGAAUGUUCAGUGCUGAAAAUGGAAAGUAGAAAAAUCAGCAUUUUCCUGAGUGGUCAAGUGGAGUGAGUGGAUCACCUGAGGUUAAAUGGAUGUACAAAUGUCUUACCUGUCAAAGUCUUAUGCUAUGUAUGGAUAGAUUUCUGUAUUAUGCUUUUUUAUCAAUUUGCAAAGGGACAAAUAGAAUUUCAAUUUUUUUGUGGCACUUUUGUCAAUACAUGCAAAUUAACACA